CCAAACAAGUCCACAAUGUUUUGAUGCUACAGAACAGACCAUUAUAUACCCAGAUUCCUCUCACCCUUUCCUUCCCGUUCCAUCCACCAGCUUUCUGCCACACCUCGAGCGAAACAACACCACCGCAAGGAGAGCUAGGGAGAUCAAUCCAUCACUCCAUGGCCGACGAGUGGUGGAGUACUACUUCUCAUAGGAGCCACGGCACGUCGGCGUGCUCGGCCGCGCCGCUCACGGUCACGGAUAGGACCACCUGUGGCUGGACCUCCCCCACUGCAGGCGCCGAGUCGACGAGCUCCAUAACCUUCCAGGACCCCUACAGGAGCGCCACGCAUCGGCCAGUGUCCGAUGCUGCUUCGUCGCUCGGUGAUCCACACAUGGACUGGACGCAAGCCUUCUUGAGCGGGAGGAGUGAUACAAGCUUCGAAGCCGUGCUCCAAGACGACAUGGUUCGAGCUCAGCCGACGGCCGACGAGACCACGAUGAACAAUCCAUUAGUCAGGGGUACGAGCGACGGCUUCUUGCUCGACCAGGCGCUGCUAGCGCCGUCGCCACCGUACGUCACGGCGCCGUCGCAAGCCCUGUUCGACGCCACGGCGGCACAUAACAUUUCGAUGUACGGGGACAGCCAGUCCUCGGCCAGCUACGAGGCCACGGCAUCGCUGCAGUUCUCUCAGAUGCUGAAGCCCUCGAUGCCGGCGUCUACGCAGAUGCAAGGAGGCGGCGCCCAGAUGCAGUUCUUUUCUGACAGUUACUUGCCUUUCGGUGGCCCGCUGCCGUCACAGCUUCUCUUGCAGGCCCUGAAGACUAAGCCCAGUAGCCGCAGCUCUAACGCUAACAACAACCUCAUGGUGAAGGACGCCGGCUCACCAGCGACGAGGAAAGGCGUCUCCGAGUCGCCUGCCGCCGCGAAAAGGCCACGGAUCGAGGCGCCAUCGCCGCUGCCGACUUUUAAGGUGAGGAAAGAGAAGCUCGGGGACAGAAUCACUGCGCUCCAGCAACUAGUCUCGCCUUUUGGAAAGACCGAUACCGCAUCGGUUCUCCACGAGGCCAUUCAAUACAUCAAAUUCCUUCACGAUCAAGUUGCGUCACUGAGCUCUCCGUACUUGAAAAAUGGGAUUCCAUUGCAGCAAUUCCAGCAGAAGCAGGGCCACGAGGACGCCAAGGAUAACGGCGACACGAAGCAGGAUCUGCGCAGCCGGGGCCUGUGCCUUGUCCCGGUGGCGAGCACGUACACGGUGGCGAGCGAGACGGUACCGGAGUUCUGGCACCCUACAUUUGGAGGCACAUUUCGGUAGAGAUAUAGGUGGUUUAGCUUGGUAGUUGGUACAGGGUACACGCGCUAAUGCAACGUGUGUACUUGUUUGUAGAUUACAAACAAACGCACAGAGUGUUGCAGCUAAAGCAAAGCAAAGGCAUGUGUUUUUUUUUUUAUCAAACUAAGUUAUGUACAUAUGGUGAUCAACCGAUCAAUUUAUUAGUAGCUAGCUGACUAGCCUGGGAAGAAAAGAAAAAAAAAGUUACGAUCUUCCAAGCAAUCGAAGGAUGUUUUGAAAGGGAGAAAAGUAUAUGAUAUUGUGCCUUCUAGGACAGGCUAACGUAAGUAUAUAACAUGCUGGAUCAAGUGCAGAAGAGAAUGAUGGGCUGGGGAAUCUAUAUAUGCUCGUAUAUAGCAACUUUGCAAACGAAUAAUGCAUGCUAACUAUAUAUAAUUAGCAUUGUAUAUAGUAUGAACAGGUUGGCGUCAGGGAAAGUUGGGGGCAGGUGCCAACAUUUGAAAGGAAAAGGAGGGAUUAGCGCAAAUGGUUGGUGUUGGUUCUUCGCCCAGGGCCUUGAUGUACAGAUUGGAUUCAAGCUGCACUUGCGAAUAUGGCAAAAAUUGCAAGAUACGGCAAGUUGACAAACUCUCCCUGAUCUUAUGUAUACAUUGCAACUCGCGCAAAACUCACAUAUAUAUAUGCUAGAACUUGGUCGAUUCGUAC